AUGGAUAUCCUCCUUAAUGGUUUAGUCAUAAAGCAUGCAUCUAAAGCUCCUCCUCCACCAGUAAUUGAGUCACCGGUGAAGUUAUUAGUCCUUCUGCACAAGAACUUACUUAUUGAUUGUGAUAAUUCAAACAAUAAUGGCUGUGAAGGUGGACUUAAGAACCUUGCUUUUGAAUGGGUGAUCAACAAUGGCGGCAGUGGUUCAGCAGCUGAUUAUCCGUACACUGCCUCUCAAGGCACACUUGCAAUUACAACAAGGCAUGUGAACCACAAGGUUGUAACAAUUGAUGGAUACCAAGAUGUUGCAGAAGAGGAAAGUGCCCUUCUUUGUACUGUUGCUCAACAACCUGUUAGUGUGGACAUCGGCAGGAGCAUCCCUGAUUUUCAACUAUAUACAUGUUGCACAAGAGGAAAGUUCCCUCUUUAG